GGGGUAUAGUUUGGCCUUUCUGAUAAUCUGGUCCCUAGAUGCUGCGGCGACCUUAUAUGUCAUUAUUGACAAUGUAGUAUAUAUGAAACCUUCCAAAGGUAUCGGUGUUCACCCAGCCAUAUUAGCAAGCUCACCAGCCUUCAAAGAAAAAUAUCGUCAACUCCUUGGAGCGCUUGGGUUUGCUGUUAACGUGACGUGGAACGACAUCGCUGCAACCCUUGACCAGCUCGUUGACUUUGCUGGUCACUCUACUAUGGCGCAUGCCUCGGCUCUGAACUGUAAUACCAACACAAUGGCUUGUAAUAUUGUAGAUUCGACAACUACACAGCGCUAGAUUAUAGAAAUAUAUUUCGCUAAAGUAUAUCCGAACGGAGCGAUUGAUAUGCGCCUCAUAGAACCAUAAUUUGGCCAUCUGAAUAGACUAUACUCUGGUUUGCAGUCUGAUCACUGCGACAGAAACUUCGUAACUGAAUGUGAUCUCGAAUUCCGUUCUACAACCGAACGUUGCCUCACUCCAUAUAUAUAAAGACUAUACGGCAAAUAAUGUAUGACGAC